GGCAAAGAGUCAUGCCUCAAAGUCUGGAGAUCCUUCUUGUCUCCUGAGACCGACGUGUCUAGCUCCUUUCCUGCUGUCCCCGUGCAGCGCUCAGAAACUCACGAGAAAUUCUUUUUUUUACCUGCAUCGCAACCGUGUGGCUUGCCGCGUGGAUGGACGCUGUUUUCUCCCGUUGAACAUACGGUGUAUUUGUUGAGUGUAGAUGCCGUCUUUCUUCGCUAAGCGUCUGCGGGACUCUGUUGUCUGUCUACGAAUGCGGUGCUUUCGUUUCUCUCCGCCGCAUCAAAUGAGUUGUAAAGUGUAUCUUCUACGCAGAACGCGCGUCUUCGCCUUCUUCCGCUCUUCUCUCUGCCCUUCUUCCGCUCUUCUCUCUUCCCUGAAACUCUCUCCUCUCCCUGCGUGCUUGUCCGGCGUCUGAGCAAGACUCUCGCAACGCAGCCUGCAACUCUUUUUUCCAAGUUUCGUACUCCAAACACGCAUCGCCACUCUUGUUUGUCUGAAAAAGAAAAGUCUUCAAUCUACCCUUCGUCCUCCUGCCUCGACUUCUCUCGCGUUCUUUUUCUUGGCUUCCCUGCAGCGUCGCCUUCUGCUGUCUCUACACCUUGGCUUCUUCACAGACCCAGAGGAGCUUUGUCUGUCUGUUACUCGCCUCUGGCGCCGUGCUUCUCUCGCGUGUGUCUGUCGUCCGAAGUCGAGGAGCCAGAUCGAAGGCUUCCGAGUCUGUAGAAAAAACCUUGUUUCCGUCGCCGGCGUCUGUCCCCCGCAGCAGAGGAGGAGAAACUUGCCGAGCUCGGCGUUUCGGCCAGGAGAAAUAACGAAAACGCGUCUCUCUUGCAAGAAAAGCAACCUCUCCAACAUGCUGCGACGGACCGUGCGACUUCGAAAGGAGUAUCUGUUUCGCAAGGCCACCGAAGAGAAGGCGCGCGUGCUUGCAGACAGAAAGAAACGCCUGAAGGAGGCUCUCGAAAGGGGCAAGGCUGUUCCUUCGGAUUUACGUGGAGAAGCCGGUCAGAAACUCCUUCCUACUCUCGACUUGGAGGAUGUCAAUACGGCCCAAACAACCACCCACAUCGACGACGAAUACGCCUACGCAGGCGUCGAGGAUCCGAAAGUUGUGUUGACGACGUCGAGAAAUCCGUCAAGUCGUCUGCAGCAGUUCGUCAAGGAACUGCGUCUUUUGAUUCCGAACAGCCAACGAAUAAAUCGAGGUGGAUAUGUCGUCAACGACCUCGUCGAACUCUGUCGGAGCAACAAUGUGACCGACCUCAUCAUCAUCCACGAACACAGAGGCCAGCCCGAUGCGAUGGUCGUGUGUCACCUGCCUCACGGUCCAGCUGCAUACUUCAAUCUCUCAGGCGUUGCUCUUCGUCAUGAUCUUCCAGAAAAGCCAGCGAAUAUGUCAGAAGCUGCGCCGCAUCUGGUUUUUCACAAUUUCACAUCGCGCGUAGGUCUUCGAGUGAUGAACGUCUUGAAAUUUCUAUAUCCCCCCGCAAACCCCAUUGCACAGCGCGUCCAAGCAUUUGUCAAUGUCGGCGACGAGAUCCACUUCCGGCAUUACACCUGGACAGACAAUCGAAAAAAAACAUCUGGAGCAAGCAACACUCCUGGGAGUUCCUCUGCUGAUGCUGAAGAGGAAGAAUCGUCCGAGAAGAAAGGCCAUCUGGAGCUGGUGGAAGUUGGGCCUCGCUUCACAUUGAAACCAUACCGCAUUGACUUGGGUACAGCUGAAAUGAAAGAUGUAGAAACGGAAUGGGCAGUUCGACCUUUCUUCAACAAACCAAAGGCGACUCUGACUGAGUGAUUUGUGUGUUUUUCUCGGGGGACGGGUCGGUGCUGGCAGACAGGUACUUGUGUCCACGGACGCGACCGUGGUCGAGCUUUCCUCUACUGAUCCCGUGUGUUCUGCAAAAAACGUUACAUUUUCGACUCUCGAAUCCAUUGUUCUUUCGAGAGCCACUGUGCUCUGGUGUGUCGCGAAUGCCGUGCUGUUUUUUUGAAAGCGUAGUGCGCAAGACUGCGGAAACAGGCACUCCGACGGAGUUUUUGAAACUAAAACACGAGUGUACAAAGGUCACGAUAUUCCCUUUGGUAGACUCUGGGCGGUUGUUAGUGUGUAGGAAAUACACGGAUUAUUCUACAAAGACAGAGAGGAGCACCGGGAUGACACGGCUCUGAAAGCAACUUCACUAGCAGCGGCUGUCACAGGUUUCACGCGAAUUUAUUCAAGAAACAGGUUCUAGAAUUUGACUGAGACGAAACAUAUGCGUUUCUACCGUUCUAGCGGCUGCGGCAAUGACACGUGCAAUCGCACGGAUGGAUGUACACGAUUCUCCACGGACACGUAGAUAAAGUGUCACUAUCUACAAAACGCGGCAAAAAUACAUUCUUCCGGUGGGAAAGCCAUUUCGCAACUCUUCGAUUCUAUCGAGCAGAAAAUGCUGCACGUUUUCUACAGCAAAGCCGGCUCACCGGAGAAUAGGAGUGUUUGCUCGACAUGGAUGUUUAUGGAAGGACUUUACCCACAGGUUUUCUCUCAACGAAAUAAAGCGCAACGUGGUGAAUAACGAAGAAUGCGGGAGCGGGCAGUAUUGCCGACAGACCCGGCUGCUUGUUUCUACAAUACCAUCCCUUUAAACACUUCGUUGGAGGACGCAGGAGACAGCUGAGAACCUGAAAAAAACCAGCUGACCUGUCUCCGAUAUAUGGCCAGUUCCUUCUACGUGGAAAACUACAAGUUCUUCACAGGCAACUUUUCCAGUUCACUCCGCGAGUCCGAACCCUUCACGAAUUGGAAUAGCAGCAAUGGUAGACAUAUAACUCGGGUUUUGAGAGAGUCUAAAGGAGCUUUCGGUGAGGAACGAGGAAAAGCGAGAAACAACCAGGGCUAAGGGAGAAGUGACGACCCCACCAAACGAAAAAAAUGCUGCAUGAACGCGGUCGGACGAAGACAGCUGCAGAAAGUGAAACGAAGAGAAAGCCGACCACCGUCCAACAAAGGAUACAAGUCAACGACUUGAAGAAGAAGGAGAGAAAAAGCGACUAAGCAAACUUGGAGUGGUGAACAACCGAAAGGGAUAUCAACAGGCACGAUCGACACAGAAAGAAUGCCAGCUACCAGAGACACGUAAUUAGAACCAUGGGAAACAGAGAUCGAAACACGCUACUUCACCUGUACAACCUUGUCUGACGAACUGUCGCUGCGAUGGACUUCCGUCCUCACUGCAUUUCUAUAUCGCUGGAGUCAUGGUCUCAGGCAAAUUUCCGUUGCUUUGUUCGCCCCGACUUUGUUCCUACACACGAGUGCACCUGUCAGCCGGUUGGAACAUCUCCAUGUUCCUUUGCGUGGCCGCUGCACUCUCUCCCUUCUUGAAUGCUGCUGUCCCCGAAAACAAAAGAACCUGCCACCACGGGAGUUUACUCGGCAACGGAACUACUAGAGAGGAUUGACGAAACGCCAUCUCUUACCGACAGCACCCGCCGCCUGCACAACACUGUCUUCUGCUACGCGUACUCAUCUCUCAGCCAGUAUUAUUUUCAAGUUUUUUCUGUACUUCCCAGAAAAAACUUACAAAUAAUCAUGUCUUAUGAGACGGUAAGACUAAGCGCGGACUAUCGAACGAAACGAAGUGUACCUUUCUUUCCAUAAGUGAACCCAUAUCGUCACAAACGUAGCUAAGGUUGGCUCCUCCUGCUUGUUUCUGAGGAAAAAAUGUCCAACAACACUUUGCCACAAGGUGACUGCUUAAACUAAACAUCACCAUUUUGCGAUUAAAGCGACAAGAAUUACAGCUUUUUGCCGCUGCUAGUGUUGUGGCGUCGUUGCCUUGACGCAGAGACGAGCAGAAUAAAUGCCGAGACACUAUCGGCGUUUUCACGUGAAUCUAACGGUGCGGCAAAACGGCUGACAAAUUAUGUCGCUUGCUUCGCGCUAUUGACGACCAGGAUGAUGCAGGCGACAAAUCGUAGGCGCCAACUCCGACUGGCACGCC